ACUUAUAAUUAAAACGAAACUGCUAAUAAUAUCAGCGCAACACAUCUCUCUCUCUGCAAUCAAUUUUAAAACAUUAUACUAUUCCCUUCAUCAACCAUCAUCAUCAUCAUCAUCGUGAAGAGUAUUUUUUCAUUCAUAUGGUCUGUUAAUUUCUCCCACACUAUACACGCGUCCGCGCACUAUCCGAGAGAGAAUAGCAUACCAUUACAUUACAUUAGUGAUGUUUUUUUAUAAAAUAAAAAUUAUAAAAAAUUUCUUGGUCACCAAAUAUCUACUUUUCCACCUCCCACUUUCUCAGUCAUUUAUAUUUUUAAUAAAUCAAAAUAUAUUUUUCCAGAGACCUUAACCCUGAUGCAAUCUAUUAGAAAAUCAUUCAAAUCUUAUGCUUCUUAUAACAAACAUUCUAGAAGGUUUUCCGCUACCGGAAAUCCAGAUUCCGAUCACGAACAACUCCCUAUUCUCCUCGAUCACGAAAACAACCACCGCGUCACUCAGUCUUUGCCGAUGGCCGGAGAUGUCGUCGUUAAGAUCGACGACGAGGUUGAACCUGUUCAAGGGAACAAGAUUUGGAGAGAGUCUAGCUACGAUUUCUGGAAUGAUACCGGCGACAAUGCGCGCGAAGAGAGCUUUGAUUUCCGCAACAAAGGUCACCAACCGGAGGACCCGCCGUCGCAGCUAAUUGGAAAGUUUCUGCAUAAACAGAGAGCUUCCGGCGAGAUGUCGCUUGAUAUGGAUUUGGAAAUGGAGGAGCUUCAGAACGAACGUGACGGCGACGGAAAAUUAACGCCGGUGGAGGAAUCUCCGACGAUUAUACAACGCGAGCUUAAGGUUUCGUUUGAAGAACCAGCUUCUAGUGUAAUCGAUGCGGUUAACGAUCCUUUUCGGAGAAGACACAGCAAGGAAUCGCCGUCGUUAGCUGAGUUUCAGAGACCUCCUCAACCGCCGCAUAAUGACCGUCGUCGGUCUCCGUCACCGGCAGGUAACGGUGGUGAUUGCGAGGUCGUGAGGUGUACCUCUAACGCUUCGUUCGAAAGGAAUCUUUCCAUGCAGAGAAAAUCUACGUUGUUGAAAACCAAAACUAGGUCUAGAUUGAUGGACCCGCCCGACGAACCCGACAGAAAGUCGGGCCGGGUCAUGAAAUCGGGUCAGUUAUUUUCUGGGAUGCUCGGAAAGAAAGUUGAUGAAGAUGAAGAUGAUCCUUUUUUGGAAGAGGAUUUUCCAGAUGAGUAUAAGAAAACCCAUUUUAGCCUUUGGACUCUUCUUGAGUGGUUGAGUUUGAUUUUGAUCAUUGGUGCAUUAGUAACAACUUUGAGUGUUCCUAAUUUGAGGGAGAAGAAUCUUUGGCAGCUCAAGUUGUGGAAAUGGGAGGUAAUGAUUCUUGUUCUAAUCUGUGGUAGGUUGGUUUCUGAUUGGGUUAUUAGGAUUGCUGUUUUUUGCAUUGAGAGGAAUUUCCUAUUAAGGAAAAGGGUUCUUUAUUUUGUGUAUGGUGUGAGGAAAGCUGUGCAAAAUUGUGUUUGGUUGGGUCUUGUUUUGAUUGCAUGGCAUUUUUUGUUUGAUAAGAGAGUUCAAAGGGAGACAAAAAGUGAUUUCCUUCAAUAUGUAACUAAGGUUUUGGUCUGUUUCUUGGUGGGUACUUUGGUCUGGUUGUUGAAAACUCUAGUGGUUAAGGUUUUAGCUUCUUCUUUUCAUGUCAGCACUUACUUUGAUAGGAUUCAAGAGUCACUGUUUAAUCAAUUCGUGAUUGAAACACUUUCCGGGCCACCUCUGGUGGAAAUUCGGAAGGCCGAAGAGGAGGAAGAAAGGCUUGCUGAUGAGGUUCAGAAGUUGCAGAAUGCCGGUGUUACCAUACCGCCUGAUCUUAGAGCUACCGCGUUUCCUAACAUCAAGAGUGGAAGGUUGAAGAGUGGCUUGCUUCAGAAAAGCCCUGGAUUUAAAAGUGGAAAGUUUUCAAUGCCACUUUCCAAGAAGUCUGAUGAUGGGGUUGGGAAUGGUGGUGGUGGGAUAACUAUUGAUCAUUUGCAUAAGCUGAAUCAUAACAAUGUAUCUGCUUGGAAUAUGAAGAGGUUAAUGAAUAUGGUUCGGCAUGGGUCGCUUACUACAUUGGAUGAGCAGAUAAUUGAUUCCACUGCUGAUGAUGAGAGUGCCACACAAAUCAGAAGUGAAAAUGAGGCUAAAGCAGCCGCUAAGAAAAUCUUUCAGAAUGUUGCUAGGCGUGGCUGCAGGUAUAUAUACCCCGAGGACUUAAUGCGUUUUAUGAGAGAAGAUGAAGCUAUAAAAACCAUAAAUCUCUUUGAAGGAGCGUCCGAUACUGGGAAAAUCAGCAAAUCUGCCUUGAAGAACUGGGUGGUGAAUGCCUUCAGGGAGAGGAGAGCACUUGCUUUGACAUUGAAUGACACCAAAACGGCUGUCAACAAACUUCAUCGAAUGCUCAAUUUUUUAGUUGCCAUUAUCAUACUGGUUAUUUGGCUCUUGAUAUUGGAAAUUGCCACCACCAAAUUUCUUCUCUUUGUCAGCUCACAGCUUGUCUUGGUUGCAUUUAUAUUUGGAAACACCUGCAAGACUGUAUUUGAAGCAAUUAUAUUCUUAUUUGUAAUGCAUCCAUUUGAUGUGGGUGAUAGAUGUGAAAUUGAUGCGACCCAGAUGGUUGUAGAAGAAAUGAAUAUAUUGACAACCGUAUUUCUGAGAUUCGAUAAUCAAAAGAUUGUGAUCCCUAACAGUGUCCUUGCUACUAAGGCCAUACAUAAUUUCUACCGCAGUCCCGACAUGGGAGAUGCUCUAGAAUUCUGUAUUCAUGUAGCUACCCCAGUUGAAAAGAUUUCACUUAUGAAACACAGAAUACAUAGUUACAUUGAUAACAAGAAGGAGCACUGGUAUCCUUCACCUUUCAUAGUCUUGAAGGAUCAUGAACAAUUGAACAUGGUGAGAGUGGCGGUCUGGCCGACUCAUAGAAUGAACUUCCAAGACAUGGGAGAAAGAUUUGUCAGGAGGUCCGCUCUGAUUGAAGAGUUGAUGAAGAUUUUCAGGGAUCUUGACAUUCAAUACCGUCUCAUGCCUCUCGACGUCAACGUUAGAGCUGUGCCUACCACUUCUGAUCGUCUUCCACCUAGUUGGUCGACAAUCACAGGCUGAGUAGAAGGAAGAUAUCCACCAUGUACUUAGCAGUGCAGAGGCAUUAUCUGCUUCCAAGUGUUACCUUUUAGCAAGAUAGGCUUUAUGUAAAGAGUUCCUUUUGGUUAUUGCUGUAGAUUAAUUUGAUAUACCUACUAAGGUUAGUUUAUAGCUGAUAUAAAUCAAAGUCUCUUGGUACAUGCCUUUCUCAUGCAGUUUUCUUUAAAUAAUGAGCACUAGUCGCUACCUCUUAUCUACCACCUUACUGAAUCUCUAUACUUUUAAGUUUCUAUA